AUGCCAUGCAAUCCUAGACCUGGAGCGGAUGAUGGAGAAGAUUUCAAAGCUGAAAUCAAUGCAGUCAUGUCGGACAAGUCCAAUGGCCCUGACAGAUCAGACAGCAAACAAUCUGGGAGUGACCUUGACCAGUUGAGGUUGGUCUUGGCUGUCCCUGGUCCCAAUGCCCAAAUGCACGAGGUUCGAAAGGUUCUUGCCAUAGCCCAGCAAGCCUACAAUACGACACAAUCUGAAUUACGUGUCCUCAAGAGACAAUACCUCAUGCUAUCUGCUGCAGUUCCUACUUGUAGCCGCAACUGUGUGCUCAAGAAAAUGUCUCCGCUGGACUCCAGUAUCAGCCAUCAAGGUCAGAGAUAUGCACUGUACUGUCACUUCUUGGUCGUAAAUGGCCUGUUUCCAACAACACCUCAACCUGGUGUUGACCCACGCAGCACUACUCACUGGACCUCUCCUGAGGCAAAGCUUAAAGGUGUGAUGGCUGAACUUUACCUGAUCAUACCCAAAGAUCUGCACCAAUCAAUGGAGACCUACCCUCGGUUUGCGUCCUUGUUUUGUGUUGCAGUCAGCUCCAAGAGGUCGAAUAUCCUGCACAGCAUCAAGAACUGUGCAGGUGUCAUUUUCUCUUCUUUCAAGCUUGAUCUGAAUCUUUUUGCCAACCAGCCUUCAAAGAAGCAAAAUAAUAAUGAUCUCCUUGUCUUACUGAAGAGGAAUGGUGAGGGCGACUACAUCUGCCUGGCACCUGUAUUGUUUGCAAAGCCCAACACCAUGGCAGCUGACGAUUUUCUCAAGUCUGUGGUCCUCAUCAAAAUUGUUUGUGUCGAAGUCUUUGGGAAGGCAAUGCUUGGUGGGAAGACCCAGGGCCAUCCAAAGGGCAGGGGCCUGUGUAUGGGCACACAGAGUGUCUCAGAAGGUAUGAUUGCUGGUGCGGCUAUCUUGGCAAGUUCAUUAUAUGUUCUUUACUUCAUAUUGCUGAUUGCUCACUUACAGGCACAUUUCUUAUUGACACAUGACGCCGAACUUACUGUGAUUGGAGCAGAGACCAAAAUCAACUACCAGAAGGACUACAAUUUCUACUUGGAACGCCUACUCAAAGGCACACCAUGGGCAAUUAGUUGCACCUACAUCACUGUACUGCCUGCCACGCCUCGCACCUGGGAGGAUGACUUCUUACAGGAACUUGACAACUUGGACCCUGUCACCUGUAAUCCUUUGCCAGCUCAUUCUAGUGCACGUGCACCUUCUCCCACCCUUUCCAUCCUUUCCACUCUCUCUGCCUCAACACUAACCACUGCUGUCAUCCAUAAUGACCAUCCUGUCCCCUAUCUCAACCACCAUGAACUUCACUUCAUUGACUCAGAUCUGCAUUUUGGCAUCAAUCAAUUGUCACUUGCCAACAAUAAUGUUGGCAAUUCUUUGGCUGCAGUGCCUGCACCAUUGACCACAGGUUCCAAAGUACCUGCUCGUCGGGCUCAUGUUUCAGCACUGGCAGCCCAAGAAAUGCCUACAGGGGCUCCAAAGGCUAAGCGUGUUAGUGGUCACAGCAAGAAGGCAACUAUGAAGUAUACAAAGUGA